AUGUUCUCCUCUAAGAUCUUCGCUAUCACCUUGGGCCUUGCUCUCGGAGUUCAAGCCCAGCAACCUGUUACGCCUGUUGCUCAGUCCGCAACCCUCCAACACAGUCAGUUGGUUUGGUCCAGAAUCGAAAAACAUAUCCAGGAUAUCGCCCCCGGCAUCGUCUGCACUGUGGGAGGUCCUGCUAUUCCAAGGAACAUUUCUGCUGGGGGAAUUGACUGGGCUCAAACGGUUCAAGAUGGCAUGAAGAUUCCUGGAAUCCAGUGCGGUGGUACAAUCGACGAAGAAAAGAUGUUGAAGAAGUCUGAGACCGCCUACAAUGACAUGAUCAGUGGUCGGGUUAGUCGUCGUGAAACCGGAUUGAGUCGUCGUGAAACCGGAUUGAGUCGCCGUGAAUCAGCUGCUGAUGACGCUGCUAUCACAAACGUGGAAAACAACAAGGUGGCCCAGGUCAAAACAGACAGCUCGCAAUCUAUGUUUUCAUGCGCAAGUGCCCCGCACCCUGACGCUUGCAGACAAUGCUUCGUUACCAACGUUAGUCUCGCCAUCGCAACGAUUGGCAACUGC